UCGAGCCCUGUUUUACGCAUCUUCUUCCUCCGUUGGUCGACCAUCCCAUGGGAAACCUGCUUUGUGCCUCGGUUAAGCAGCGGUACAAAAGAGAGGGCAGCCCUCCGGCCGAGACAUGGUCGAGAAGCUCGACGGAGAGCGCCACAGCUACGCACAACUUCGAGGUGACCGAUUUCUCGUUGCUCGACGGCGUGGGUAUCGGCGUGUUCCUCAGGUCGAGCACGUUCACCGUCGGCGGCUACGAGUGGGAACUCAAGAUAUACCCGGACGGGUGGAAGGAGGAGCACAAGUCUGCCUACAUGUCGGUCACGCUGGGUUUGCGUAAAGGGCGACUGCCGGAGACAGGGGUGAAGACAACCUACACCUUGAGCCUGCUGGACGAGCAUGGGAUGCCAUCCAAACACACUGCUAGCCAUCGGAGCAUACAAAAUACCUUUGAAUGUCUUGGCAGCUCAUGUGGCUUCAGCGCCUUUGUGGAGAAGUCCAACCUGCGGCAGCUCAUGGCCCACAACGGAGGCUCCAUCACCGUCAGAUGUGUUCUCACUGUCAUGAAAGGACACCAGACGACGGAAGAUGUGCACACAGUCCUAGUCCCGCUCCCGCAGUCGAACCUGCACAUACAUUUUCUAGACAUGUUGAAGGGCGGGCAAGGCGCCGACGUGACCUUCACCGUCGGGGGCCAGUCGUUCCUCGCGCAUAGAUGCGUGCUCGCGGCGAGGUCCCCGGUCUUUAAGGCCGAGCUCUUUGGUAAGAUGAAUGAGACUCUGGCGGAGAGCAUCAAGAUCGAUGACAUGGAGCCAUCCAUCUUCGAGGCACUUCUUCACUUCAUCUACACCGAUUCUCUGCCGGAUGACCGGCAUGAGGAUAAUAGACACACGCAGAUGCAGCACCUGCUUGUUGCCGCGGAUCGAUAUGGAAUAGAGAGGUUAACGGCUAUGUGCGAAGGGCAGCUGUGUCGAAACAUCAAGGUGCAAACCGUUGCAACCACCCUUGCUUUAGCGGAGCAACACCACUGCGUGCACUGGGCGACGGGAGCCGGACGGCAGCCUGGGGGUGGAUCCGGGCGGCGGCUGCGCGACGAGCUUGAAGAUGACGACGGGAGGCAGCAGCAGCGGAUGAGCUACCGAGGGACGAGGCGGCCGGGAUGGACGGGACCGGGCACGGGGCUUCAAGGCGAGGAUGGACGGCCUCGCGCGCAGCGGAGGGAGGAGGCGACGAGGGGAAGGGGCGCGGCGGAGAGGAUGGGGCAGGGCCCGAUCGAGGAGGAGGGAGGCGAGGCCGCGGCGCUCGGCACGAGGGUGCAGCAGCUGCUGCUGUCGGCGGCGAGGUCGAGGAGGGGCACGUGGCCGCCGGAGUUGAGGACGCGGGGUGGCGUCGGGCGCGCAGGGCGAGGAGGAAGACAGGGCGCGGGGGCGGCGUCUCCCUGGUUCGGCGCGACGAGGAAGAAAAGAGGAGGGGGAUCGAGGGAGAGAGGGGGUUCGAGCGAGGGGGGCGGGUGA